AUGGGGGGGUGUCUUUGGAGCACAUCAUGGGGGGGUGUCUUUGGAGCACAUCAUGGGGGGGUGUCUUUGGAGCACAUCAUGGGGGGGGUCUUUGGAGCACAUCAUGGGGGGUGUCUUUGGAGCACAUCAUGGGGGGUGUCUUUGGAGCACAUCAUGGGGGGUGUCUUUGGAGCACAUCAUGGGGGGUGUCUUUGGAGCACAUCAUGGGGGGGUGUCUUUGGAGCACAUCAUGGGGGGUGUCUUUGGAGCACAUCAUGGGUGUCUUUGGAGCACAUCAUGGGGGGGUGUCUUUGGAGCACAUCAUGGGGGUCUUUGGAGCACAUCAUGGGGGGGUGUCUUUGGAGCACAUCAUGGGGGGGUGUCUUUGGAGCACAUCAUGGGGGGGUGUCUUUGGAGCACAUCAUGGGGGGGUGUCUUUGGAGCACAUCAUGGGGGGGUGUCUUUGGAGCACAUCAUGGGGGGGUGUCUUUGGAGCACAUCAUGGGGGGGGCUUUGGAGCACAUCAUGGGGGGUGUCUUUGGAGCACAUCAUGGGGGGUGUCUUUGGAGCACAUCAUGGGGGGGUGUCUUUGGAGCACAUCAUGGGGGGGUGUCUUUGGAGCACAUCAUGGGGGGGUGUCUUUGGAGCACAUCAUGGGGGGUGUCUUUGGAGCACAUCAUGGGGGGUGUCUUUGGAGCACAUCAUGGGGGGUGUCUUUGGAGCACAUCAUGGGGGGUGUCUUUGGAGCACAUCAUGGGGGGUGUCUUUGGAGCACAUCAUGGGGGGUGUCUUUGGAGCACAUCAUGGGGGGUGUCUUUGGAGCACAUCAUGGGGGGUGUCUUUGGAGCACAUCAUGGGGGGUGUCUUUGGAGCACAUCAUGGGGGGUGUCUUUGGAGCACAUCAUGGGGGGUGUCUUUGGAGCACAUCAUGGGGGGUGUCUUUGGAGCACAUCAUGGGGGGUGUCUUUGGAGCACAUCAUGGGGGUGUCUUUGGAGCACAUCAUGGGGGGGAGCACUGGGGUGUCUUUGGAGCACAUCAUGGGGGGUGUCUUUGGAGCACAUCAUGGGGGGGUGUCUUUGGAGCACAUCAUGGGGGGUGUCUUUGGAGCACAUCAUGGGGGGUGUCUUUGGAGCACAUCAUGGGGGGUGUCUUUGGAGCACAUCAUGGGGGGUGUCUUUGGAGCACAUCAUGGGGGGUGUCUUUGGAGCACAUCAUGGGGGGUGUCUUUGGAGCACAUCAUGGGGGGGUGUCUUUGGAGCACAUCAUGGGGGGUGUCUUUGGAGCACAUCAUGGGGGGUGUCUUUGGAGCACAUCAUGGGGGGUGUCUUUGGAGCACAUCAUGGGGGGUGUCUUUGGAGCACAUCAUGGGGGGGUGUCUUUGGAGCACAUCAUGGGGGUGUCUUUGGAGCACAUCAUGGGGGUGUCUUUGGAGCACAUCAUGGGGGGUGUCUUUGGAGCACAUCAUGGGGGUCUUUGGAGCACAUCAUGGGGGGGGUCUUUGGAGCACAUCAUGGGGGGUGUCUUUGGAGCACAUCAUGGGGGGGGUCUUUGGAGCACAUCAUGGGGGGUGUCUUUGGAGCACAUCAUGGGGGGUGUCUUUGGAGCACAUCAUGGGGGGUGUCUUUGGAGCACAUCAUGGGGGGGUGUCUUUGGAGCACAUCAUGGGGGGUGUCUUUGGAGCACAUCAUGGGGGGUGUCUUUGGAGCACAUCAUGGGGGGUGUCUUUGGAGCACAUCAUGGGGGGUGUCUUUGGAGCACAUCAUGGGGGGGUGUCUUUGGAGCACAUCAUGGGUGUCUUUGGAGCACAUCAUGGCACAUCAUGGGGGGUGUCUUUGGAGCACAUCAUGGGGGGUGUCUUUGGAGCACAUCAUGGGGGGGGGUCUUUGGAGCACAUCAUGGGGGGUGUCUUUGGAGCACAUCAUGGGGGGGUGUCUUUGGAGCACAUCAUGGGGGGGGGGUCUUUGGAGCACAUCAUGGGGGGGUGUCUUUGA